GCGAGAACGCCGACGAAGGCCUGGCCAAGGAAUCGGCAGGGGAAGCAAAGGCCAACAAGGAGAAGGCCUUAGAGGAGGCUCUGCAAGCAGUGAAAGCCGCGGCGAAGGAGCUGAAGGAAGUCGAAAGGGCGGCGUUACAUCGGAAGUUGGGGAAGGCCCGGAGAGAUCUCAAGGACUGGGACGGUGCCCAGGAAGCCUUCCUGGAGGCCGUGCGCUUUGAUCCGGGCGACGCAGACCUACGCAAGCUUCUGGGGCAAACGCUGCGCAUGCUCGGCAAAGGCGAC